AGCUUCUGUUUGCAAGGAUUUGGAAAAGGACUUCAUUAUCUAUAUCCUUUCUGGUCUCUUGGGACCUGUUUAGUCCUUCUCCCUAAACAAAAAUGAACACGUCUGUCCUGUUACAAAUGGAAAGUACCAUUGAUUGGCUCCAACAAAAUGUCAGUUGGGCUCCAUUACUUGAGGAUGACAGUUGCAAUUACACCAGUCUGAAUGGAACCAAUGUCUCAAGUGCAGAGUGGGGAGGGGAAGCAGGAAGAGUCAGGAAGUGGAUAGGGGGCAAUCCCCACAUCAUGGCAAAGAUUGUGCUGACAUUCGCAUAUGCUGUCAUCAUAAUGAUAUCCCUCUUUGGCAACUCCCUGGUAUGCCAAGUUUUUGUCAAGCACAAAGAAAUCAAGAAAUCAACAGGCCUUCUCAUCUUCAACCUGGCGAUAUCUGACAUUUUGAUAAUCCUGCUCAACAGUCCAUUUGCUCUGGCUCGUUUCCUGACUGGACAGUGGGUAUUUGGUAGGAUUAUGUGUCAUAUCAGUCGUUUUGCUCAGUACUGCUCCCUCCACAUUUCCACUCUUACACUGAUGGCAGUUGCCAUGGACCGGCACCGGGUAAUUCUGCACCCAAUGAAACCAAGGCUAACACACCACCAGAGCUUAACGGUUGUUGGUGUGAUCUGGAGUAUUGCAGUGUUCCUUGCUCUUCCGCAUGCAAUUUACCAAAAUGUGUUCACUUACAUCGGCAUGGAUGGCACCACCAGGAGCUACUGCCUCCCUGCCUUUCCUGGACCGAGCCAGAAGGUUUCGAAGUAUGUGGACCUCGGGACAUUUGUCUUGCUGUACAUCCUGCCACUUCUGGUGAUUGUUGUAACCUAUUCUCACCUAGGAAAGAGGUUGUGGCUACAAAAUGCCAUCGGUGAUGCAUCUGCUCGUCAACUUAUGGCACACUACCAGAAGCGGAAGAAGAGCAUCAGGAUGCUGAUACUUAUUGUGUUGGUCUUUGCAGUUUGUUGGUUUCCACUUAAUUUCUAUGUGGUUCUUAUUUCCAAUGCAGGCGUAGAAAAUGAUAGUGUGGUUUUCUAUGGCUUUCACUGGUUUGCAAUGAGCAGCACUUGCUACAAUCCUUUCAUCUACUGCUGGCUCAAUAGGAGCUUCCGUGCCAAACUAAGAUCUAUAUCAUCUUUCAGGAUGCAGUCACUGUUUCUAUGUAGCAGGUCCCAGGUUCAGCAAAUCAAGCCAAAGGAGAGUCAUGAGCUGCGCGAACUCCGGACAUCUUCGCUGCUGCGAGUUCCCCUGGCUGUUCCAGAGCCCCAGGUAUUUGAGGAUCCCAGUUUGGCUACAGGGGAUAAUUCCCAAGUUUCUGUUCAAGGGGAUUGGGAAGAUCCGGAUCCCUCCAUAGAUGAAGAGGCAGCAGCAGUAGCAGGGCCCUCAACCCAGGAUCCUUACUUUUGCAUUCACAUGAAGACCACCAGUCACUAAUUUGGGCACCCAUCUGAUCCAUUGCAAUCUUGCUUAAUAAGUACCUUCUCCCAGACAAUUCAGUCAGAGAUGGGGUAACCUUUAACUUAGAUAUUGAGUCCAACGCUUUAGUAUCGUGUGCACCCUCACAGAUCCGUCUCUCUGGAUCUUUUUAUGGUUUUGAGUCUUAGUUCUGGCAUCAGAAUUCUACUUAAGUCCACUGUACCAUAAUGUGGACAACUGACUGUGCCAGACCCUGAAGGAAUUUGUUGACUUACUUAGCUUCCUUGCUUCGCAGAUAAAUGUAUAAGAACUACAUUUCCUGAAUAAGAUUCUUUCUUUGCCUCCAGCUUUUACCUGUGAUUAUUGCUAGUAGUGAUAGUGAGAUGGAGGAACUGUGAGUGAAAGAGGUCUGUGUACAGAAUUAUGAAGAAGACUACUUGGUAGCCCCUCUCUGCCAAUAGGAACACUCUUUACUUCACUGCCCUUGUGCACCGACUUGGUGCUCUCAUGUAAAUUGCUUUGUGCAUCAACUUAGUCUGAGGCAAAUACUCAUAAUAAGGAACAAGAAAUACUGGUGAAUGACUGGACUUCUAUUACCCCAUCUUUGUAAAUGUGACUCUGAAAGCUCAGUCUACAGAUCUUUGAUUUUAGACUAAUUUCCCAGGCUUCAGAUAUCUCAUCUUGUCUACAACUGUGGACUUUAUCUGGAGGAACUACUUGGAAUUUGUACUAGCUAAUUUAACUAAUGUAUACUGGCAUAUGCGGUCUCUGAUGAAUUUAUGGACCUUUCCUAUCAGAACUGGCCAUCUGAGUUGAUUAUUCACUGACUUUCGGUCAUACCUUUAUCCUAAUACUUUCACAACAAGCAGAGCAGCAUCUCCAACCCCCCCAACUAUUCCCUAUCAACUAUAAUUUGUUGCAUCUUAACAUGAUAUAAUCAAGUGCAUACAUGCACACACAUGCAUACAUUUUUAUGUUAACACAGGUAUAAGCUUGUAAAUAUUGCUCCUUGUUACCUCUCAUGCUAUCCACCUGCCUGGUGCUCUCACUUAUUUCUACCUGUAAUUUUCUUGCUAACUGAGCCUAGACAAGAUUUCAUGCCUUAAAGUGAAGUCUUGAAGGCUCUGAGAGUGUGGCAACUUUUUGCCUCUGGAAUCAGCAUUUCGUUAUAGUUGGUGCUUCAUGUGUUUGUU